CCUAUCCUGAGCGCAAGAGGUCAGGGGUGAUACAAGUCUGUUAGCGACCUCGGCUCUGACGCUUGGUGAGAUAGAUAGUGUUUGCUGUUUGGGUGGAAAACCUAAUAAUGCUUGACAAGGACCAGGAAAUGGCUCAAGAAGAAACGUUUAGAUGGAAGUCAAUAUCUUAUACACAUGUUGAAUAUGAAGAAGGUGAUUUAUUCGGAAAACUAUUGGCAUGGACAAGUCUUACUCCAAUAUUUAUUAUGGUUGGAUUUGCCACCCACAUAUAUUUUCGAAGAGAAGUGCAUACAAUAACGUACAUGAUCGGUCAAGUGUUAAAUGAAUUAUUCAACUCCGUACUGAAGAAUGUUAUCAAAGAACCUCGACCACCCAGCUCACAUGGGGGAAAUCUGAAUAUAUAUGGGUGGCCUUCUGCUCAUUCCCAAUUUAUUUGGUUUUUCAUUACUUAUUUAUUGCUUUUUAUAUAUAUCAGGUCACAGAGCAAUAACAGCACACUAGACACACUGUGGAAACAUGCCAUGUUCUUCUUAUGCAUUUCAUUCGCUAUUUGUGUAUCAUAUAGUCGUGUGUAUCUUGUGUAUCACACGACUUGGCAGGUGUUUUGCGGGGGUGUGCUAGGCUCUACUGGAGGUUUCAUUUGGUUCAUAUUGACACAGACAUUAUUCACUCCGUUGUACCCAGAUAUUGUUAAUUUAAAACUAUCUGAAGUACUUUUGUUGAGAGAUUCUACUUUGAUCCCGAACAUUAUGUGGUUUGAGUACACGACGUCAAGACAGGAGUCCAGAUCAAGACUGAGAAAGAUGCCAAACAAAGUCCAGUGAAAAUGUGCAAUUUGUUGGACUUGGCAAAAAGUGGAGUUCAAAGAUUAUCAGAAGAAUGGUUGAAAUAUUAGUAGAAUAUGUAUGAAGAUGGUGCCUACGUUGUUGCUUGAUUUUAUAAAUAAUUUUUCUAAUUUCCUGGACCAAAUAUGAACAAUUUUAUUUCAUUGCGAUACGGGUACAAAUUAGUGUUUACCUCUAACAAAAAAAAAUUUGCACGUUUGCUGCCAUUUGUAUCAUUUUAUAAUCACGUUUUGAGUAAAUUAAUCUAAUAACAAUGUUUUCACUAA